CUCCCCCUGUUGCGCCAGGAACGGUACGGUAAAUCUAUUCUUCGACUGCCGCCUUCCGACUGGCAGCGGCCAGCUCUCCCUGUUGUUCCUCCUCCUGCUCCUCCUCCUUCUGCUACCUCCUCGCUCGUGCUCUCGCGACUCCCCAUCUCGCCUCGCCUCGCCUCGCUUCGCCUUUGCAUCAGAGGGCAAGCUUCCCAGCUUUAUUCCCAUCCGCCAUCCGCGCACGCCCACGCAACAUCUUUGCUGCUUCAUCUUUAUCGCUCCCGCGCCGCUGUGCCACCCCCUCCCGACCCAGCUUGACGACGACAAAAAGACGCCGACAGCACGCACACACCGCAACGCCAGUUACGUCGAUUCGCACCCAAAAUGACCGACGCAGAGCUCGACCGCGACUGGCAGCCUAACGGCCGUCGUCCACAGUCCACCAUUGCUCGUUCCUUUUCACAGGAGCUCAUGGACAUCUUCCGCAUUGAGAAUUCUUUGACGGAUCUGGACCAGCAGGUUGAUGAAAGGUUCGUGUCAACCUGCACAGCACUGAGGCAAAAUGUCGGCAAGAACAAUCAGGAGCUCGCCGACCUCGAAGCUCGCAUUCGCGAAAUGGAGGACCGUCUCCGCCGAAACCAGGGCGCUCGUACUGGCAUCCAAGUCAACACCAAUCAAUCAUCGUCCCAGCAGAGGACAGAGGCGGUCGCCAAGGACGACAGUAAGCAGCGGUCCCGCCCUGGCACGGCCCGCGCGACCCAGCAAGCUCCAAGCUCAGGCAAUAUGCCCCCGACACCUGGGGCCAGCGAAGACGGCAAUGUCGAGUACUGA